AUGCAGACAGCAACUGCAUAUCGCCCUGAAUCGCUGUAUCCUGAACCGCCACCGCGUAAUGCUGGUGUACCCGAUACUUCGAUAGCAGGAGGCGCAACCGAGGCAACCAAAACAACAGCCCCACAACCGCCUUCAACCGAGCGCAAUACAGCCUCGACGGCCGAACAACCGAAUAUGAGCAUACCAGAAGGCGAAGCACAAAAGUCGCAAGCAGCAGCGCCGAGUAAACCCCUUCGACCGCGCCGCUACAACUUCGGACCCCGGAAAGCGACCAUCAAGCUUUCGCCCUCGGCUGUCGCCCAUCUGCGCGAACUCCUUGAACUCCCGGAACCAAAGCUCAUUCGGAUAGGCACAAAGGCAAAGGGUUGCUCAGGGCUGGCAUACCAUCUGGAAUACGUGGACAAGCCGAGCCCCUUGGACGAGCAGGUAGAGCAAGAUGGCGUCAAGGUGCUGAUUGACAACAAGGCGCUGUUGAAUAUUAUCGGAAGCGAAAUGGACUGGCUAGAAGACAAGCUGAACGAGCGCUUCAUCUUCAAGAACCCAAACAUCACUGAGCAAUGCGGAUGCGGAGAGUCCUUCAGCGUGGCAUGA